AACUUGUACGUUCAUUUUGUCUUCAAUAAUAAUUUAGUAUUUGAAGAGAAGUCUAUCGCAUUCGAGAAGGAAUUCGAAAACUCGAUCGACAUCAGCGCUCAGCCGCAAGCCAAACCUGGCGAAGAUGUGCAGCUCCAAAUCAAUACCGAUCCUGAAUCAUUUGUUGGACUGUUGGGUGUCGAUCAAAGUGUACUGCUGCUUAAAUCCGGCAAUGAUAUCAACCAAUAUCAAAUAUUCAAUAGUUUGAGCAACUUUGAAGCCAGUACACCAUGGAUGCGUGGCUAUGGACGCUAUCCGGGCCAAGAGUCUGUGUGGUAACAAUGACAAAUGCAAAUUAUCCCUACAAUGAUGAAUUAUACCUAGUACCACUUGCACUCGCCGAUGCUGAGCUAAGCGAUGCCUUUUUUGAAACUGAGGUCAAUGACGAACCCAUACACAGAGAUAUAAACGAUAGAACUAUUAAUCCCUCAGCCUAUGGCAUAUUGCCAAUACGGAAACAUUUUCUAGAAUCUUGGAUAUGGACAAUGCAUAAUAGGUUCGUCCACAGUGUAGUUAAUUUGGAAAGGCACAAGAGAGCACUUAAUAACUAUUACUUAAUACACCGUGGUAACUGAAUGCAAUAAUAACGGUUUCAAGCUAGCCAUUGAUUAAUGGAGCAACUGUUGUACAUACAGUUUCGGUCAUAUCUAUAGCACGCCAUUUCAAAGUGAUAUUGUGUGCCACUUAUGUUCAG